GUAAUUAAAAACGUGGAGCCAAAUUUUGGUGCCCCAGGCUGACACUGUUUCGGAAGAGAGGGAGCGGGAGAGAGACUGUGAAGCGGACAGUUGGGAGAGAAAGAGAUGCCAGUAGCGCGACCUGAAUCAUCGGACUCUCGAGUCAUCGCCCACGUCGACAUGGACUGCUUCUAUGUUCAAGUGGAGCAACGUAAACAACCAAGUCUAAGAGGUCAGCCGACUGCUGUAGUGCAAUACAACUCUUGGCAAGGUGGGGCCCUGAUAGCGGUCAGUUAUGAGGCCCGUAAAUUUGGUGUUAAGCGCUCCAUGCGUGGGGAUGAGGCCAAGCAAGUCUGUCCUGAAAUUCAGCUUGUUCAAGUCCCAGUUGCUCGUGGUAAAGCUGACCUGAAUACAUACCGAAAUGCAGGCUCAGAGGUUAAGAAAACUUUCAAGCAUCUCUCUGUUUUUAAGCUUGUAGUAUGUUGUGAAUGUGUGUUUAUGGCAUUCUCACAGGUGGUAUCCAUUCUUGCACGGAAAGGUAUAUGUGAACGUGCUUCAAUUGAUGAAGUCUAUCUGGACCUCACUGAAGCUGCAGAGAAAAUGUUGAAAGAGACCCCACCCGAGAAAUUGGAAACAAUCAAUGAAGAAGCGGCUAAAUCACAUGUUUUAGGGAUUGAUAAGGAUGAAAAUGAGAGCGUCAAGAAGUGGCUUUGUAGAAAUGAUGCAGAUUACCGUGAUAAGUUGUUAGCCUGUGGGGCCCUUAUUGUUGCAGAACUAAGGCUGCAAGUAUUAAAUGAGACUGAAUUCACAUGUUCAGCAGGCAUUGCUCAUAAUAAGAUGUUGGCCAAACUAACAAGUGGGAUGAACAAACCUGCACAGCAAACUGUGGUGCCCUCAUCAUUUGUCAUGAAAUUUCUUGAACCAUUGCCUAUAAAGAAGAUGAAACAACUUGGGGGAAAGCUUGGAACUUCAUUGCAGAUUGACCUGGGUGUGAACACUGUUGGAGACCUAUUGCAGUUUUCAGAGGAGAAGUUACAGGAACUUUUUGGGAUAAAUACUGGUACCUGGUUAUGGAAUACUGCCAGAGGGAUGAAUGGAGAAGAAGUUCAGGGCCGCCUUCUCCCCAAGAGUCAUGGCUCUGGAAAGACAUUUCCUGGACCCCGAGCUCUUAGAACAAUUGCUUCUGUUGAGAAAUGGCUUAGGGAGCUUUGUGAUGAACUUAAUGAACGCCUUCAGUCUGACUUGGAACAGAAUAAGCGCAUUGCAAAAACACUGACUCUACAUGCUAGUGCAUACAAGACAAAUGACACAGAUUCAUUCAAGAAAUUUCCUUCUAAAUCAUGUCCGUUAAGAUAUGGGACUGCCAAGAUCCAAGAAGAUGCCUUGAUCCUUUUUCAAGCAGGACUCCGUGAAUUUCUUGGUUAUUACAAUGUUAAGACACCAACAAAGCAACAAGAUGGUUGGGGAGUGACAGGUCUUUCGAUAUCAGCAAGUAAAAUAGUUUCUAUACCCUCAGGAACACGUUCAAUCAUGAAUUAUUUUCAGAACCAAGACCAAACAUGCUCUUCAGUUAAGCAAUUAAGUCAAAGAUCUAUCCAAGAUGCAAUGCCAUUGCCACCCUUAGGAAGUGGAAACCAUUCAACACUGCACUCCUCAGAGCCCAAGGUUGAUUGCAUUCAUGAAAGUAAAGGGUCUGAAUAUGCAAUUCCAACUUUGGAAAUACAGGAAGAAGAUGGAGAACCAUGUACAGUCCAGGGGCUUCUCUCCACAUCCUGUCAUCAAGAAGAUGGAUUCAGUGAAGAAACUGUAGCAUUGUCAUUUUCAGGGGCCGAAACUUGUUCAAGAUUGGAGCCAAAUCAAGUUGAUCCAAUGGUUGACCCUGCAGAAGAAACAACAAACAGUUUGUUAUCAAAAGAACAGAAAAGAAAGCCUUCCAAAAAUAAGGGAACAUCCAUCUUAGGAUACUUCCAAAGUCAGGACUCAUUUUCAAAGGUGACUCAUGGAAGCCCUUGCCAAGAAAGUGAAGCGUCAUCCCCAGCAGGUACCAGUAUGGAUCCAACUGGUCAAAAUGAUCAGAGGAGGCAUGCAAGGAGUUAUUAUUACAAUAUAAAUGAGAUAGACCCAGCUGUUGUGAAUGAGUUGCCACAGGAAAUUCAAGAUGAGGUGCGAGCCUGGCUUAGGCCCAGAAAACAAGCAAAUACUACAAAAAAAGGUUCAGAUAUUACUAGCUAUUUCUCCCGUGCUAAGGAUGCAUAGCUGACACCUAGAAUGUAUUGCAUCUUUUUAAAUGUUCAGUCCAGAGAUAUCAUGUACUCAUGUUCUUUGGAGCUCAUAGGAAGUCAUCAUUGACAGCAUGAAGCAUUGAAGCAUGAAAUGCUUGCUAGGUGGGAGUCUGGAGAAGGGUCUGUAAGUCUAUAGGACAAAAGCUUAAUUUCUUUUCUUUGAUUAUUAUAUCAAAGUUUAUAGCAUGUAUUAUUUGUGUGUUAUUCAUGCUUAUAUAUUGUGAAUAUAGUGAAGGGCUUAUAAGGGUAGGAUUAGACUCAAGCUUGGAAAGUUAAACUUGGACUCCUGUUUUAAGUUGUUCUAAGCUUUCCAUGGUGAAUGUUUCAGUGUAAAUAAUGAAUUAUUAUUUAUUAUUCUAGUGCUUAUAAUUCCUUGGUUUUGAA